CUAUACACGAAACAACAUUCUAAUCAAAAAUGGCUAUUUCACUUGUGCAGGAACCAAAUUGGACAAACCCUUUGGAGCAUUUAUCUUCUCAUGCAAAUGUAAACAGUGAUCUAACGAUUAAGAAUAGAAACGAUUUGGUUUGUUUAAAACAUAAAGUAAAAAAUGGUAGCAAGUUUGCCCUGCUAAUACAUAUUAUUGAUGGCUUUGUGGUAGAAGAAAGCAAUGUUCCUUUCAAGGAUGCAGAAAUUGAAAGUGAAGUUUGUGACGCACCAAAAGUUUCUACCUCAGUGUCAAAUGGCAACCAUAAUAUCACUUCGGAAGAACAAAAAGAAAAUGACGUUAUAAAUGCUUCCCUAAACUCCUACCCAGAGGAUAAAGAUGAACUGAUGUCACUGCUACCAACAAAAUGUAAAUAUUGUGGUGGAGGUUUGCCCGAACAAAGGGCAAUGUGGGGAAAAAGAUUCUGCAGUGUGUCCUGUGGAAAGAAAUAUAGUGUGACCUGUUCCCAAAGAGUUCGCAGAGCUUUGCAAAGAAGAACAGUUGGUCGAGGUGGAAAACAUAGGACGGAAGAAUUUCUACGUUCUCCUGCGAAGCGGGGGAGAGGGAGAGGACGCGGGCGUCGCUCUUCAACUCCUGGGCGUAUAACGCAGCAUUCUCCAACCCUUCCGGAAACACCGAACAGAUCGUCAGAAUUUGAUUCUUCGGACCUGCACUUUACAUUUCCUCCGCGAUUCCCACUUGGCUUUGGUCUUGACACACAUGAUAUUGAAAAUGAGCUCUACGAUGGUGUGGAGCCUAUCACUAACUUCUCCUUCGUGCCCAUCGUUACGUGGACAAUUUCACAGGUUGUUGAAUAUAUCAGCUCAAUUCCUGGUUGUUCAUCUUGUUCCCGGGUUUUUGAAGAAGAAGAGAUUGACGGACAGGCUUUGUUGUUGUUAAAAAUCGAACACAUGAUUCAUACGAUGAACCUGAAACUGGGACCAGCAUUGAAAAUCGCUGCAAACUUACGAGCGAUAAAAUUAGAGUAUGGAAUACAAACUCGGUCGAAGUAUUUAAGUUCCCCGGUAUGAUUCGUUUAAAUAGACCCACGUGUUUUAAACGCUUGUCGACAGUUUUUGUGGAGCGCGUGAAUGAAAUUUUUGUGUUUAUACGAAACGGGAUACGUGCACUUUUAUAAGAAACCUACUAAUAAAUGACCUCAACACCAGACCACCCAAACUUGGGUGUAGUUAUCGGUCUGGUACUUUUUAAGAGGGUCUGUGCAAAGAAUUAUCCAUAUUAAAGAGGUGUUCUUGUUAGGUUUCUUAUAAAACGCGGGUGUUCCCAAAGAAUUGUAUAUAUUGUAAAUCGAUUGCUUAUUUCAUAGAAUGUAAAUAAUUCUCUAUUUUUUAGAAUUCUUAAAAAGAAUAUUCCUAAAAUCA